UCCUGAGCGAGUCAGCAGUUUAUUAUCACAUCUCCAAGCUUCAGCAUUAAAGUUAGCCUUAUAUUAUAUCGUGAAGUGUUGCAUAUUUGAGCAGAAUAUCCUUACUAUAUACAUUUUUAAUCACAGUAACUCGACAGUUUGGGAAAGUUUGUCAGGAUAAAGCGCGGGUUUUGUUUAGUGACAGAAAGGAGCAGUGAGAGAAGUCAUGGUGUCUGCUGUACAGUUUCUCAUCUCUAAGCUGCUCUCUCCACUUUGGAGGACAGUGGAGGAUGAAGAGGAUGGAUUUUACUACAGCACAGGUAUGGAGGAGAUACGGCAGAUGCGAGGCGGUGUGGUGACUCAGCUGUGUCAGAAUUAUGGGCUGAUUGACCAUUCUGUGUACUUCACUGCUGGAGAGGUGCUGGGAGGAGUGCCUCUGCACGUGGGUGAUGCUGUUAAUGCUCUGGCCGUUCGAGACGGAGCCCAUGGAGGGUGGAGGGCAUUAAGGGUAGAGAGGCAAUUGGAUGCAUGGGAUGGAGGCAGGGGCUCGCUCGAAACAGAUGCUAAUAAGCUCCGGUCUCUGAUUGGAACAGUAACGUCAUGUGAUAAAGAUGGCGGAUUUAUAAAUCAGACGACAUAUUUCCCUCGAUCUGCCCUGUGUGAAGGUUUUGAGCCUAUGAAAGGAGACUGGGUGCAGGCAGAAUACUUCAUUAGCCCCACGGAGUGGAGCAGUCAGGCUCGAACUGUUGCCCCGCUACGAUACCAGCGCAUGGACCAAGUGUGUGUGUCGAGUAUGUUUGGCAGUAGUGGGGUUGUGGGAGACAGUGUGUUUUUCAGUUUGGAUUCUCUGCUGUUGCCUGCUGGAUACAAACCCACACGAGGAGAUGUAGUGAGUGUUGUGGUGGUGGAGAGCAAUCAGUCACUGUAUUGCUGGCGAGCACUCUGUAUGGCCCCCAUUAAUAAACACAGCCUGAAUGGGUCGGUGACGAUGUUGCCAGAGGAUGAAAUCCAGACACUGCUGGAAAAUAAGGGAGGACUGGUGGUCAGUGAAGAAACACAGUUUGGAUCUUUGUUGCUGGGGGAGAGUAAAGAGCUGCUCAUCUUUCUUCACAAUACUGGUUCAGAGACUCACAAACUGAAGUGCUGUGAAUUUGCUGGCUGGGACUCUGAGGAGCAGUUUUCAUUUGGACUGACACCACGUUAUGCCAGCACUGCCAUUCCAACAAACCCCAAGCUUCAACAAACCGUCCCAGCCAACCCCUACAUGCCCUUCAUCCGGGCCCCAGGCAGGGGCCUUAUAGCGGGGCAUGGCCUCUAUGUGCUGCCCAAUCCUUCCUCUGUACCUGUGGAGGAAGAUGAGGAAAGACAUGAAAAUGAUAUUGAUGUAGAUAUUGAUGAAGGGGUUGCAGAUGAUAGAGAGAAGAAUGCUGAGGAGGCACCACGUCUGCGGGCAAUAGAGAGAAAUCUGAAAAUAUUACCAGGAGAGAAGGUGUCCGUUGCUGUAGGCUGCCAGGCUAAGAACCUGGGCCGAUGUGCAGAGCUGCUGUUGCUGCACUUCUCCACAUUCACCAUCGGGCGGCGCUUGGAGGUUUCUGUGAGCAGUGUGGAGGAGAAGUUGUUGAAGCCCAGUGCCCCCUACUGUCCAGUAGCCCUGCUACCACCAACACCACAGACCCCUGCUCAGGUGGUCACUGUCAUGCCUCCCGCACCUCCAGUCAGAUUGGUGAGACGGCAUCUGCCCAAUUUCCUGGGGAACUACCCAGUGCCACAGGCCCUGAGAGAUUGUGUGGAGGCCAAAACCGAUGUGCUGGUAGUUCAGCCUGCUCUUGGGGAGCCAUUGUGUCUGUCCUCCAUGUUGCCUCGUUUCUCUACCCUGCUUUGGCUGGAGGAGCUGCAGGCUGAAAGAGAGCUCAGAGAGUUCAGUAUUAGUGGUGCCCUCCUAAGGAAGGGAGCAGGGUACCUGCACCUGGAGGUGCCUGGAUUGAGUGAAGGAAGGCCCAGUCUUUUCAUAGGAGACAAAGUUGUUCUGAAGAAGCCAUGCAGUGGAGGGCUUGUUGUGGAGUAUAUCGGCUAUGUUACUGAGAUCAAUGAGGAGGAUGUGAGUUUGCGGGUAAACACAGAAUUACUGAAUAGCUACUUGGGGGAGCCACUGGACGUGGAGUUUACAUACAACAGACUGCCUAUGAAAAGAUGCCACUGUGCUCUGGAACAGACCAAGCACUUUCGAGAGAAUGUGCUCUUCCCCAGAUAUUUGCAGCUGCAGAGCCCUUUGUGGACAGGUGAUUGGGAGCCUGAACUGUCACCCAAGCAGGACGAAAACAAAACAACCCAAGAAGAUGAAGAGGGUAGAGAAAAACCCUGUGAGAAUAGGGGGAAGCCAUCUUCUCUGACUAUGGAUAUGGUCUCUGUGGCAACACAGACAAAAACAGAUUUAUGUACAGUGGCUAAGCCCAUCCCAGACCCAGGCAAGUUCUUUAACUGUAAUCUUAACCCUGCUCAGAAGGAGGCAGUCAAACGCAUUCUCAGUGGAGAGUGUCGCCCCACUCCCUAUGUGCUCUUCGGCCCCCCAGGCACAGGCAAAACCAUCACGCUCAUAGAGGCCAUACUGCAGGUGUAUUACCGUGUGCCAGGCAGUCGUGUUUUGGUCUGCACUCCAUCUAACAGCGCUGCAGAUCUUGUCUGUAUCCGACUGCAUGAGAGCGGCUACCUGCAAGCUGCCAGCCUGGCACGAGUCAAUGCCACCUGCAGGAUUGAGGAGUCUGUCCCUGAGGUGUUGCGACAGUACUGUCAUGCUGGAGAGGAUGUACGCCAUGCUUCUUUCCACCGUAUUGUUGUCAGCACCUGCUCCAGCGCUGGCAUGUUUUACCAGAUUGGCUUAGGUGUUGGCCAUUUUACUCAUGUGUUUCUGGAUGAGGCUGGUCAAGCUACUGAGCCUGAGUCUCUGAUUCCUCUGGGCCUGGUGUGUGAGAAGACGGGCCAGAUAGUCCUGGCUGGAGACCCAAAGCAGCUGGGUCCAGUAGUGAAGUCUAAACUUGCUGAAGCUUUUGGACUGGGAGUGUCUUUGCUCGAGAGACUGAUGGCCACCCCUCUGUAUUCCUGCACUGAGAAGGGCUACAACCCGUUACUGGUGACUAAGCUGGUGUAUAACUACCGCUCCCAUGAAGUGUUACUGGAGUUACCGUCUCGGCUGUUCUACGGUGGUGAGCUGUGUGUACGCUCACAGAGAGCUGUCGUGGACUCCCUGUGUCACUGGAGCCGCCUUCCUACCAAGGGUUUUCCCCUCAUCUUCCAUGGAGUCAGGGGCACAGAGAUGAGGGAAGGCACUAACCCGUCCUGGUUUAACCCUGGAGAAGCAGUGCAGGCCAUGCUUUACUGUUGCCAGCUGGCGAAAAGACUCUACAACCCCAUACCAGCUACUGACAUUGGCAUCAUCACUCCUUACAAAAAACAGGUGGAAAAGAUUCGAGUGCUGUUGCACAGGGCUGGGCUUGCUGACAUUAAGGUUGGCUCAGUUGAGGAAUUCCAAGGACAGGAGUUCUUGGUCAUUAUCCUCUCUACGGUGCGCUCCAAUGAGGCGCUACCAAGCAACGAUCUGCAGAGUGCACUGGGCUUUCUGUCCAACCCCAAACGCUUCAAUGUGGCCAUCACGCGACCGAAAGCUCUUCUUAUCAUCAUCGGCAACCCACACGUCCUGAUCAAGGACCCAUGUUUUCAUGCACUGCUGCAGUACACCUAUGAGAAUGGGGCUUUCCUUGGCUGUGACCCUCCUGUCUCCCUGCGAGCUGCUGAUAGGGCUGCUUCUAAAGCGAAGGAAAACACGUAUUAAGCCGAAUUCUGAACUGGAUAUGCUGUAAAGAGUCAUGUUGUGUAUCAAA